CGCCUCCCAGCAGGGCUGGCUUUCAAACAGGCACAACCAGAUUCCCCAGGCACAAAGUAAUCAAUUUGCCUGUCUCCUGCAGUGGCAGAAGGCAGUUUCAGUCUACCACUCCUGAGGAUGAUCACACUUGGACAACGAUAUAAGAAUUAGAAGCAGGAAGAAUGAAGGAAAUACUUCAGGGAAUGUUACUCAAGACACGUUCCUUAGGGAAUAUUCUGGAAAAAUGUUUUUGGGACUACACUGAAGCUCAACCUCAGGAGUUCCUGUGUAAAGGAUAAAAGCCACCAUCACAGGAUUCAGAGUGCAAUGAAACAAACCAAACAAAAAAGACACUGGAAUUAACUUCCUGUGUUGCAAGAGGGGUAAAAAAAACGUAACAAAAAAAAAAGCACCUAACAAAAAACGCAGGAAAUAAUCCUGACCACAUAAACCAUGAAAGAUCGUCUGCAAGAGCUCAAAUUGAGGGCUAAGGAACUACAGAUAGCUGGGGAAAACAAUGGUUCAACUGUACAAGAAGAGGAGCAGGAGGAGUUUGAACAGCAGGCCAUUAUUUAUGAAAAAGAGCCCAUAACUGAAAGGCACUUGCAUGAAAUCCAGAAGCUUCAGAACGAAAUUAAUAAUCUGGUGGAAGAAGUCAAUAAAUUCAGCCAACAACAAAAAAGCCUCGUGUCUUCAAUGAGAAGAUUCAGCGUUCUCAAAAAGGAAUCUAACAUAGCAAGAGAAAUCAAAAUUCAAGCAGAACACGUACGCAAAUGUUUGGAUGAACUGUCAAAAGCAGUGAGGAAAGCUGAAACUGAGCACGGGCCAGCCCGAGCCACGGUGAGGAUCCUGGCAGCCCAGCACGCCUUCCUGUCCCACCGCUACCUGCAGGCCAUGCUCUCCUACAACGAGGCUAUCACUGCCAAGCAGGACAAGUGCAGGACCUUCAUCCUCCGCCAGCUUGAGGUAGCUGGGAAAGAGGUGUCUGAGGAGGAAGUCAAUGACAUGCUCCAGCAAGGAAAAUGGGAGAUCUUCAAUGAAAAUCUGCUCACUGAAGUCAAGAUUACUAAAGCUCAGCUGUCAGAGAUUGAGCAGAGACACAAAGAACUGAUCAAUCUGGAGAACCAGAUCAAAGAUGUGAAAGAACUCUUUAUCCAGAUCUCAGUUCUGGUGGAGGAGCAAGGGGAGAUGAUCAAUAACAUAGAAAUCUGCAUGAACAACACUCAAGAAUAUACUCAAGUGUCUAAAGAAAAGUUUGGGCUUGCAGUCAGGUAUAAAAAAAGAAACCCUUGCAAAGCCAUUUGCUGCUGGUGUUGUCCGUGCUGCAGAUGACACAAGAAAUGAACUGCUUGAAAUACCAAUGGUUCCUCCACACCAAACUGACCUUGGAAAGCACUCUUGGAAUCCCUCAACUGCUUAAUUGUUCUUCCCACCUUCCCUUCAGCACAGCUCUCAGGAAAAACUGCAUCCAUUUGUCAAAAGAGAGUAAAGAAUUUUACGCUUUUCACGGAAACACGUGAACUACAGGAAAGGAUCAAAGGAUAAAAGUGACGCUUUUUGGUUCUUCUGAACUUAUUCAAAGUUUAGAAGUUCUAAAGUACAGUUUGCUUCUUCCACCUAAAACAGUGUGGCAACAAACUGUGCUGUUGGGAAGCAUUGAAAAUACUGUUAAUCUCAAAGACAGGAUUCAUAAAAAUGUUUUAUCUACUUUUCACAAAAUAGUAACAAGUAGUUUUAAUUGU